CUUCAGCAGAAACUCUGCGAGUAUUGGCUAGUUGUAGCUAUUUCAGAUCUUAUUGCAUGCUGGCUUGUUCUAUCCUUCUUUCCACCUUCCUUUAUCAAUAACUGAUAGAAACAACAUUUCUAUGCGCGCGCUUGAGGCGCGGAGGUUGAAGGUCGCAGAACGACAAUAUGGAGUUAGAAGAAGCUAAAGCUGAGAUUACAACUGGUCUGAAAUAUCUAAAUUCUGGAAACUACGCAGCAGGAGAGGCAUCAUACCGGCGUGUCUUGCAGCUGUAUGACUCCGCUGCUGCUAGUCCAGGGCCCGCACACAAAUCACAUGCACUUCAUUGUUUGGGGUUUUGCUUAUCUGAACAAGGGCAGUGUGAGGAAGGAUUCAGAUUACUGACUGAAUCCCUAAAUAUUAAAAGAAAUCUUGUUCCAGGAAAUAAAUCAAAUCUUGCUGCCACUCUUCAUGUACUUGGAGUAUGUCUGAGUAAGCAAGGGAAGCUGGAAGAUGCAGUGAGGGUUUUACAAGAAGCCCUUGGGCUGGAACGUACUUUGAACAACAAAGCGGAUAUCGCAAGGACUCUUCAUGUACUUGGAGUAUGUCUGAGUAAGCAAGGGAAGCUGGAAGAUGCUUUGACGGUUUUACAAGAAGCUCUUGAGCUUCGUCAUUCUCUUGGCCCUAACUACAAAGACUCUACUGCAAGGACUCUUCAUGAACUUGGAAUAUGUCUGAGUAAGCAAGGGAAGCUGGAAGAUGCAUUGAGGGUUUUACAAGAAGCCCUUGGGCUGGAACGUACUUUGAACAACAAAGAGUAUACUGCAGCGAGUGAGUAACUAUGAGCUUUAUCUUACCAUAAAUUUAAUUUUUAAUUUUAUUUCUUAGUUUAGUAAUGAAUUAAGCAAUAGAAGUAUGUAUUGUGUGUUUGUGUUAAGUAUAAUGUGGUUGCAUGUAUUGAU